AAGAACAAGCAAGUGUUUGCUGAUCCUUACUGCGGAGCUGGUUCCUUGCACCUGCCCUCAAAAACUGGCUUACCCUGGAGGAGAAGGAAUUUGGAGCCUGGAACCAUCCUGCGUGAGUCACCGGGAAGAAGGUCCAAGAGAUCCUAGAAAGAAUGGGUUGUGAACUCCUCCAGAUGAGAACCCAGAGGAGGAAGGGAAUCUUUAUACCUUGGAUGUUCUUUCUGGGAGUGUUUGCUCUGAGGGAGACCAAAGCAGCCCUCCACAAGCUGGAGACCCAAUUUACUGGGUUGGCCAUAACCGACAACCUUCCAGACAUCAUCUUCAAUGUGUGGGUCGAUGGCCAGCUCUUGCUCUCCUAUGAUACCCAGAACAAGGAGCUGCUGAUCAAACUAGGUUGGGCCUACCCACCUUUGAAGAACAAACUGAUGGAGAAACUGAAAGAGCAUCUGCAGCAAGGGCGAGAGGAUGAUUUGCGGCGUUUCAGUGCCUACUGGAUGGUCUCUUAUAAUGAGACUUGGGAGGUUCAAACAACCCAGGUCACAGUUUUCUGUGAGCUGGAUGGAGACAUCCAAGUGGACAGCCGAAUGUGGGUUGGUUUUGAUGGGGAGACUGUCUGCCAGUUAGAUGAACAGAGUGAAGGAUGGGUAACCAAGAAGUCAGAGGUCACACGCUUCUGCAAUUAUUUGGAGGAAAGCGUCCAAUGGGACAAAAUACUAGUAGAUGAAUGCCCAAGAUUUCUGAAGAUUGUUCUGGAACUCUUUCACCUAAAAGAGAAUGAGCCCCCUGAGGUGACCGUGUCUCGCCAUGAUGCCCCAGAUGGCAGGAUCACUCUCUUCUGCACAGCCCGGGGCUUCUACCCCCGCCCCAUCCUGCUCCACUGGGAAAAAGAUGGGCAAAUGGGGAUAUGGGGAAAGGAGACCUCCAGUGGCACCUUGCCCAAUGCUGACGCCACCUUCUACCUCCAACUGACUGUGGAGCUUGAGCUGAGGGACACUGGAGAUGGUUACGCCUGUGUGGUAGAGCACUGUGAGCUAGGGGUGCCUGCCGUGUACCCAGCACCAGGAAAAGUCACGAGAGGAAAGUCCUGGAAAUUGUCUCUAAGUAUCUCAGCCACUACCAUCCUGCUCCUGGUCUCAGCUGCAGCCUUCAUCAUAUGGAGGAAAAAAGAUGCAUGGGGCCACAAGAGCCAAGAGGACAAUGAGGAAGAAGGAAUGUCAUCUUGUUAGGAGAACUUUCUCCUUCUUCCUUUUCCCCUUCUCCUUCUAAUUCUUCUUCUUUCAACCUUCUCCUCUCCCUUACAGAAAUUAGGGAGUCCCCCAACUUCAAAGUAUAGGAAAGGGAUGUUUGGUUAAAACUCACUUAUUUUCAUAUUCCACAUUACAAAAAGUCUUAAAAUCUAGAUAAUCAAAUGAACAAUGAUUUAUUAAGCACCUACUAUGGGCCACAAGAAAGGCAAAAAUAGCCUCAAUUAGUUUGAAUUCUAAUGAGGAAAACAACAUACAAAACAGUAUAGUUAGAGAGAGAAAAAAAAAAAAAACAGACAAACAGAAAUAGAGAAAGUUGAAAGCAACAGAAACAAACAAAAAAAAAUUGAAGAUAAUCUCAGAAAGAAUGCUCCAGGCUUUUUUUGCAAAAGUAUAAUUAAGCUGGGACUUGAAGGAACCCAGGAAAGCCAGGAAGCAGAGAUGAAAAAGGUAAGGCUUUCUCCACUGAGAGAAACACCCAGUGAAAAUGCUUGGAGUCAAGAAAUAAAAGUGUCUUAAAUCAAAAUCUAAAGGGAG